UAUCAUGCGUCGCUGCGACAUUAGUAGUCGUAACAACGCCCACUCUUGCUAAAACCACCUAACAAUCACGUUUGCAACUUCAGAUAAUUAUUAACUCGUCGAAAAUAGGAAGUUGUUAAUUCAUAAAUAACUCGCAUCUUGCUGCCGUCUUCGAAUAAUCUUCGACCAAACAUUACCUGUUAGUCAUUCGAUAGUUUUGCUGCCUAUAUAGCUUCUCGAUGAAUGUUGCCGAGCCUCGGUCCUAAGAUGCCAGCUUUUCGCAUCCUAAUAGGCCUACUGGUUUCUUUUUCAUCUGCCAUUCAUUUGUCAGACAGUUCCUGUCCUGAUGGGUGGGAUGGUAUAGGAACUAGAUGCUACAAACGUCUACCGACUUUCCAACUUGGAUAUCUUGACGCUGUUUCUACAUGUGAGUCAAUUGGAGGCAGCCUCUUCGUUCCUAAUAACGAAGACGAGAUCGCAAUUGUCUCUUCCCAGUACGGAAAACGAUAUUAUUUUGAUGAAGCAGUGUAUAUGUGGGUUGGAUGUGAAUACGAUAGAGAAGAGGAUAUCUUCAUUUGCGUAGAUGGCACUAAGCUUCAUCUCAACAAUAGCUGGUGGUAUCGACUUGAUAUGUUCGUUAACGAGCCAUCUUACCGACUUCAUAUUACAAAGCACGAAACAAUCUGUGCAUCGUACCAAACCUUCGGUAUGAUGCCCAUUGAAUGCUCAAUUACCUCAGUGGAGUUGGUGACACUUUGCGAAGCCGGCCUUCUCUCGAUUCCUUAUGUUGGCAUACAACCAAUGAUCUUCACUCCAUCUACGGACAACAAGGGACGUGCUCUGAUUGGUUACUGCCGUAAUGACCCUGACGAUCACGUGAUUAACCCUUCAUCUGGACAAGAGCCAGCGUGCGCUGUAGCUUGCAAAAAUAUUAAAAAGAUUCAAAAGAAAUUCAUUACGAAUGAAAUUCAUAACGAAUGA